CUCGUUUCAUCCGUUCCUUCCCUCUACGGGAGGAGGAGGAGGUUAUUGUAAAUUGUCUCCAUAAUGGCGGACACAUGUGGCCAAGUUCUGCUGGGAUCUGGACUGACUGUCCUCUCCCACCCUCUCAUGUACAUCAAAGUUCUAGUGCAGGUGGGACAUGAACCUCUUCCUCCUUCAUUAGGGAGAAAUUUGUUUGGUCGACAGGUGUACCAGUUGCCAGGACUCUUUGCUUAUGCCAAACACAUUGUGAAGAUUGAUGGCAAAGCAGGCCUGUUCAACGGCUUAGCACCGCGACUCUGUGCGGGGACCAUCGGCACAAUCGUUCACAGCCGUGUCCUGCAGAAAUGCCAGGAGGGUAAAUAUGAGAUAAUUGGGAGCAGCAAUCAGAAAGAAGAGGAAGGAUCCAUUCAACAUGUUGUGAAUGAGACUACCAGAGAGAUGAUUGCUCGCUCCUGUGCCACUAUCGUCACCCACCCCUUCCAUGUAAUUACCCUGAGAUGCAUGGUCCAGUUCAUUGGCAGAGAAACCAAAUACAGCGGUGUGUUUGAUUCCGUUGUAACAAUCUACAAAGAAGAAGGCAUUCUGGGAUUUUUCGCUGGCUUGAUUCCUCGUCUGUUGGGUGAUGUCCUCUCCCUGUGGAUCUGCAACAUGCUCGCCCAUCUCAUUAACACAUAUGCUAUUGAUGACUCGAUGAGCCACACCGGAGAAAUAAAAAACUGCUCACAAGCCGUCACUGGGUUUUUUGCCAGUAUGCUGACAUACCCAUUUGUGUUGGUGUCCAACCUAAUGGCUGUUAACAACUGCAGUCUUGCAGGUGGCCUCCCCCCAUAUGCUUCUGUGUACCCAACAUGGGUGGACUGCUGGAGACACCUCAGUCUAGAGGGAAAUAUGAGCCGAGGCAACAGUUUAUUUUUCAGGAAGCUACCUGCAGGGAAGACGUACGCCAUCGAUCAGAAAAGAUUUUUUUAAACCAGAAGUUGACGGCAUAGCAUUUUAUUGUAAUAAUAUAAAUGAUGAUGGCCAGGGUGGGUGAGGUGGACCCUCUAAUCCUUUGUAUGCACUUGUUUACAAUAACAGACUAUUUUUUUGUUGUUUUUUUUUUUUUAACAACAAACUGUCAAGUCUGCCUACAAGUAAAUGAAAACAUUUUCACCGCAACUCGAGCUGCUUUCAUUGGAAAUGUGAAGAGCUUUAUUUUAAUAAUUAGAUUUAUAUUAAUGAUUAAAUGAAACAGGGGUAUCUCACUUGUGGGGAAAUGGGAGGGGCUACAGAAUGACAAAGUUGUCAAUCAGCUUCACAGAGGGUCGGGGCUAGCACUCGAGGACUGGCACAGUCCUGCCCCCAAUCCUAGGAUCUGGCGCUCGGUAAGAAGUUCCUGAGAGAUUGUCAAAGAUAUGCACGCCUGGCUCCCCCAGAUGACCAACUUUUUUUUGUUCUUUGACCUGGAUAGUCAAGAUGUUUCCCCCCCCACCCAAGGAAAUAAAUGCAUGUAGCUAUGUUAUUGGUCUAACGUUAAGAGGGUGGGGGGCUGUCCAGUCCGCCCUGAUUGUGAGUAUUGUGGUGUACAAUGUUUUCAUGCUGAAAUCCCAGACAAGGGCCCAUGUGGCGACUCUGUCACUCACUAGCUGUCAGUCUAGUGGAAGCUGAUAUGUUGUGCAAGUAAUUAUUAAGAGGUGCAAGUCCAUGCCUGGAUGAAGUCUUCAAAUCAGAUGUCAUAACACUGAGCUCAUUCUGAUUGAUCCAAAUAAACUGCAUUUUUGGGGA